CUCCGGAGGUUGAAUCACAUCUAUACGGUCCCCAAAUGUCACAAUGUAUCAAUUCAAAACAGCGAGUUGUCUUAAUAGUACUUCUUGGGAAGGGCAGCCUGGUCUGCUUAGCUCGCAUGCAAGGAUCGCAAAAAAUAUUGUCCCGUUUAAAACCCUUGAGAUAACCAAUAUGAUGUAUCUUUCCAUCAGAUGCAUGCCCCAAACGUUGAUGCCAUAAAUCACAGGUAAUAGAGACUGACAUUGCCACUCCUUCACUUCUCGAGGACUCCAAAUAGUAGAGACCAUUACGAAAUUUACCCACACCAAUCAACUUUCUCGAGGGCAAAUCCUGUAAAAUACAAAAGUCUGAAAAAAACGUGAGUGUACAAUUUAGAUCGCUUGUUAGGCGACUAGCAGAAAGUAAGUUGCACUGAAAUUUUGGAAUGUAUAGAACACGUUUAAGUCGGAGCCCAUUGGGUAAGUAUAAACUACCAACAGCAUGAACCGAAAUUAAAUCACCGUUAGGAAUUCUGACUGGUGGCUCUGGCGUGUGAUUGAUAUCAAAGAGGUUGUUAUCACUACACGUGAUGUGUUCAGUAGCCCCAGAGUCAAUUAUCCAAGAACGAACAUGUGGCAAUGUAUACGCCAUAUUUUAUGAGAACUUAAGAAAUUACUUCCAGGAUUUCGUCUCUGAUACCAUGAUAAAAUUGAUAAGUAUUGGUGAAACGAUGAAAUAGAUGGGAAGAAACAAUCCUCCUUGAAGGAGUUCAAUAUAUGCGUGUAUACAUGCAGGAGCAUUUUCAUGCUAUAUAUAAUACAAAUAAGUGUGGUAUGAAGAGAGAGGAAACAUGCAUGGGACAUGCAUGUAAUGAUACCCACGCAGGGGUGUUAACUUUAAUGAAAACAAUACACAUGGUGAUAUGGAAAUAAUGGAAGUGUAGAGUAUCUAAUUAUUUCAAUAAUUGCAAGCUCUCCGGUUUGUGAGGUUGUUGAAAAUGGAUCUGCCCCUCAGGUAGGUUUCUGCAUGGAUGGUAAGUACUAUAAUCUAAGAAAAGACUUUUUGCUUCAAUGCAAGAGGCUUUUCGUAAGGAUGUUGAAAGAGAAUUUGGAAUUUUACAAUCUAGGUGGGCUAUUGUGCGAGGUCUUGCACGACUUACGCACAUUAGGUGAUAUAAUGAUGACAUGCAUUAUAAUGCACAACAUGAUAGUGGAAGAUGGAUAUGAAGAGAAGGUUGAAGAACCAACUCGUCAAGACUACCGUGAAGACUAUGACUAUAUUGGUGACACCGUUGAAUUGGAUCUUAACCAUGAUGGCCCGACCUUGAAUCAGUAUAUGAUGCGCCACAAUCGAGUGUCGUUCUCAAUUCUUGUCUCACAAAUCUCCUGUAUGCACAUGGGAUUUGAUAAUGGGAUCUGGCAAUGUAUUUUUAUGGUAAAAUCCUACCAAAUUCUAAUCCAGAAAAGAAUUCAGAAGUUUUGUUGAUGUUACACCAUGUCUUUUUUAGACUCUCACAAUGUCCCAAUGAAAUGCAUCCAGAUUUUGAAAAUCCUAAAAUGUUUUAUAAAGUCCCAAAGGAAUACACCUCCCUUAGUCUAUAUACAUCAACUUUCACAUAAAAUUGGAAAUGACAAUCCUUAAUCCAUCAUCGAUCCCUAAUUGCAACCUAUCUAUAUCUUCGACCACGCUUUCAAACUACACAAUCUCUC